AUGACAUGGUGCUCCCCGGAUGGUAAAACAUUUAAUCAAAUUGACCACGUCCUCGUAGAUAGCCGGCACUACUCGAACUUGUUAGAUGUUAGGACUCACAGAGGAGCUAACAUAGACUCUGACCACUUCCUCGUUGUUGCCAAAAUAAGAGCUCGGAUAUCUAACCUGAAAUAUAAAAAACACCAAAAAGAAAAUAAGUAUAAUAUUCAACUUUUAAAGAACGAUAAUGUACGAACUCAUUACCAGAGCGAAAUAGAGAAUCUCCUGGCAGCCACCGACCAAAAUGAAAGUGAAGACCCAGAACACCAAUGGCGUAAAUUACAGAAUAUAAUCCAUGUUGCAGCUCAAAACAGACUGGGGUAUACAGGUUCUGCAAAGCGAAACGAAUGGUUUGACGAGGAGUGUAAGGCUGUUACGGACAGAAAAAAUGAGGCGUAUCUGAAUAUGCGUAGUUUUUACACACGAAACAAACAUAAAAAAUACGUGGAAAGCAGGCGAGAAGAGAAGCGGGUGCACCGUAAAAAGAAAAGAGCUUUUAUAACAUCAGAAACAGAAGACAUGGUUAGGGACUACCUAAGAAACGAUGUAAGAAAAUUCUAUCAGAGAAUAAAUAAAGGAAGAAGGGAAUUUAGACCAAAAACAUCAGCUUGUAGAGACCUGAAUGGGGAGAUACUGAGCGAGCAAAAGAAAGUUUUACAAAGAUGGGCACAGCAUUUCGGUCAACUACUAGGAAAUAACGUCCGGGAAGCCCCGUACGAACAAAUAGCAGUAAACAUUCCCGAAACUAACAUCUUGACACCAACCCUGGCGGAGGUAUCCAUAGGAUUGAAAGGGUUGAAGAACAAUAAAGCUCCGGGAAUAGACAACAUUCCUGGCGAGCUUAUAAAGUACGGCGGUCCAAGCACUUUACAUGCAUUGCAUUCCUUAGUUGCCCAGAUCUGGAAUACUGAAAAACUGCCUAGCGAGUGGAAUGUGGGAACUAUAUGCCCACUACACAAAAAGGGAGACGUAUUAGAUUGUAAGAAUUACCGAGGUAUUUCACUUCUGUGCACGGGAUAUAAAGUGCUGGCAAAAGUGUUAUUUAAUAAACUCGCUCCAUACGUCGAAGCAAAAAUUGGCGAAUAUCAGUGUGGGUUUCGACCGAAUCGCUCCACAAUAGAUCAAAUAUUUAGCCUCCGCCAAAUUCUUGAAAAAACCUUGGAGUACAAUGUGGAUACCUAUCACCUAUUUGUCGAUUUUAAAGCUGCCUAUGAUAACGUGGACCGCGCAUUUUUGUAUGAAGCCAUGAGAGAAAUCAACAUCCCAGAAAAACUAAUCCGCCUUACAAAGAUGACAUUACAAAACACAAAAUGUAAGGUAAAAGUCGAGUCCGACUACUCCGAGCCGUUUUAUACAUUCAACGGCUUGCGGCAGGGCGAUGCGCUCUCAUGUCUUCUGUUCAACGUCGUCCUCGAAAAAUGCAUCAGAGAUUCCAAGAUCGUAACUUCGGGAACGAUAUUUUAUAAAUCCGUUCAACUACUGGGCUACGCAGAUGAUAUAGAUAUCAUAGCCAGGUCAGGGCCCGAAAUGGAAAGUGCUUAUCUUGCUCUCGAAGAAGCAUCCAAUGGAGCAGGUCUGACGGUAAAUGCAGAAAAAACGACAUACAUGCAUGCUUCAAGAUCAACACCUGACAUCAAUGAAAAAGUUGUAACCAUAGGGGAACAUAACUUUGCGGUAGUGGAUAGUUUUGUCUAUCUGGGUUCAAUGGUGACGAGGGAGAACGAAAUAUCUGUAGAGAUCAGAAGACGAAUAAUGGCGGAGCUGAACGUGGCGGGACACAUCAAAUUGAACAGGCUUAGAUGGGCCGGCCACGUGGAGCGGAUGGAUGAAGCCAGAGUCCCUAAGAAUGUUAUGGCGAGUAAUCCCGAAGGUCGUCGAAGUCGAGGGAGACCAAAGCUCCGAUGGAUAGACGGCGUUAAUAAGGACGCAAAAAAAGUGGGCAUAGCAAACUGGAAGUCCGUGGCCAGAGAUAGACCGAGAUGGAAAAAGUUGCUGGACCAAGCCAAGGCCCACAAAGGGCUGUAG